AUGGCCGCCGUAUCGCCUCGGACCGACCUCCACCCCUCGCCCGAAAAGGGCAGCGGAGUUGACUCGCAGGAGCGCCCUGCUGCUUCGCUUUUGUUGGCUAAGUCCGAUAUAUUUGACCGCCGCCCCAAGUCCUCGUCCGGCAUUCAUAAUCUGUCCGUCAACGUCACAAAGGCAUCCCGAUAUGAAGUCGACUCGAACAUCCCAUACACUGCUAUUCCAUCGUUAGGUGGCUCUGGUGCCACGGGUCCUUCCGCCACGCCUGUUAUCAUUUCCCCGGCCGAACCUUCGACUGUGCCUUCGCCCAAGACCGCAAUUUUAACAAGCCUCACUGCGCCUUCGCCGGAUUCCAGCCAGCAACAACCACGCGAACGAUACCAACCUACUGUUGCCCACGACCUACUUCCUCGCCAAACCAUUCUCAAGGCACUCGCAUCGACCACUUCUGUUUCGCGUCCCAGAAAGCCCGAGGCUCUUUCCUUCAACAACAUGUUAUUCCCUCACAGCAACGGCGGCUCUUCCGCCGCCGCGAGCCCUCAGCAGCUCGUCGAUGCGCUCCAGGACCUAGCAAAGAAGAGAAAUACACCGACCACGGCAAUCAGCAAUCUGUUGUCGCCAUGCUUUUACCACCAGCGAUUCGACGACGCUGUCGAUUUUGAAAAGGUCCUGGACGAGAUCAAGAAUGACGAGUCCAUGUCGCACUCUCGCUUGGUCCAGACCGCGACAAGCGUUCGCGAAAUCUCCAAGCAACUCCAGCGUCGCCCUGUCAAGCGCGCUGUGCGCAACGUCAUGAUUGUUACCAAGGCACGGGAUAACCAGCUUGUUUACCUGACGCGAGAGUUGACAACGUGGCUUUUGCAAACCCCCCGAUAUGGGUCCGACGUUGGCGUCAACGUUUACGUGGACGCCAAGCUGCGCAACUCUAAGCGAUUCGACUCUGCCGGCAUUGUCGCUCAAGAUGCGCGAUUCGAGACCAUGCUCAAGUACUGGACUCCGGAUCUGUGCUGGAGCCAGCCCGAGAAAUUCGACCUGGUCCUCACCCUCGGAGGUGACGGCACUGUCCUCUUUACCUCGUGGCUCUUCCAGCGCAUCGUGCCCCCGGUCCUCUCGUUCAGCUUGGGCAGCCUGGGCUUCAUGACGACAUUCGAGUUUGAAAACUACAAGAAGCAUCUCAACCGCGUGAUGGGAGAUGAUGGUAUGAAGAUCAAUCUCCGCAUGCGCUUCACCUGCACCGUGUGGAGAGAGGGUCAAAACGGCAAUCCUGAUGAGGGAGAGCAGUUUGAAGUUCUCAACGAGCUUGUCAUUGACCGCGGCCCAUCGCCGUAUGUUUCGAACCUGGAGCUGUACGGAGAUGAUGAACUCCUGACGGUUGUCCAAGCUGAUGGAUGCAUCUUUUCCACCCCCACUGGUUCGACUGCCUACUCCCUCUCGGCUGGUGGUUCCCUCGUCCACCCGGAUAUCCCAGCCAUCCUCCUGACUCCCAUCUGCCCACACACGCUCUCGUUCCGCCCCAUGGUUCUCUCCGACACCAUGGCGCUUCGUGUCGCCGUCCCGCGCAACUCUCGAGCUACCGCGUACUGUGCUUUCGAUGGCAAGGGACGCGUGGAGCUCAAGCAGGGUGAUCACGUUACCAUCACGGCAUCUCAGUAUCCCUUCCCAACUGUCACCCGAACCGACACGGAAUGGUUCGACAGCGUCAGUCGCACUCUGCGGUGGAACGUCCGAGCCGCUGCUCAGAAGCCUUUCGAUGCAUCCGGCAUUUCACCUGAUGGUGAUGAUGACAAUGACGACAGCUGGGAUAUCGACACUGACAGCGCAUACUAUGCGAGCGAAGAGGGCAGCACUGCCGCCAGCCCCGUAAGGAGGCAAAUGAGCAUGCUGGGCAUGUGA